AUGCGCGGAAGAGGACGAGGACGGGUGGUGUGGCGUGGAGGUGGAGAUGGAGGUGGGAAGGGGAAGGGUGUUGUUGUUGUUGGGCCAUGGAAGUCUACAACAUCAUCGACACCAGCUACAGCUGCAACUGCUACAGGUUCCAGUGUUGGUGGCGCAGAGGAGGUAGCAGCUUGGCCUCAUGACGACGUGGAAGAUGCAGAUGACGUGGAUGAAGACAACGACGACGCUGAAGAUGAUGAUGGCGGUGAAGACAGCGAUGCGGGGGGCGACGACGAAGAUGACGGUGAUGAUGCCGUGUAUCGCAUCGACAGAGGAUCCCAGAGCGCGGCCGAUGAUGAAGAAGAGGACGCAUCCUGCUGCAUCAUUUGCUUGGACGACAUGCAGCGGACAGACCCGCAGUGGGCCCUGAACGGCGUGCGCCAGCCGUCUACGCUCAGUGACGAGCUCUUCCCAGACAAGCCCCUCAUCUGGCUAUGUCCAAAGUGCAGACAGGCGUACGACAAGAAAGAGACGCCGACAAAGUACUUUUGUUACUGCGGCAAGCAACAAGACCCGCCAGCAGACCCGUGGAUUGCCCCUCACUCGUGCGGCGAGGCCUGUGGUCGGGCCUUGACACCGCCAUGCGGACACACCUGUCCCCUCCUCUGCCACCCAGGUGCGUGCCCACCAUGCCCGCAGGUCGUACCACGUGCCACGUGCUUCUGCGGCCAGACGACAAUGACCAAGCGCUGUACCGACCGCCAUUUUUCCUGCGGGAAGCCGUGCAACAAACUGCUCAACUGCGGCCGCCACCACUGCCCAAACCCCUGCCAUAAAGGUGAAUGCGAGCCAUGCACGGAGACACGGCCGCUGCGGUGCAAGUGCGGCGGGUCCGUGGCCACCGUCGCCUGCUGGCUGAACGAGUGGCAGUGUGACCGCGUGUGCGGGAAGCCACUUGCAUGCGGCCACCACACAUGCGAGGUGGUGUGCCACGACGGCGAGUGCCCCACGUGCCCACGAGGCCUACAGCGCACCUGCCCCUGUGGCAAGGAACAGCACACGCUGCCCUGUACGCAGGACGUGCCAACCUGUGGCCGCACAUGUGGAAAGCCGCUCGCCUGCGGAAAGCACACGUGCCCACGCGCGUGCCACCAGGGCGACUGCGGGCCGUGUCAGAUUGCCGUGACAAAGCGCUGUCGCUGUGGCGGCAGCUCCAAAGUGCUUCCGUGUUCGCAGACGUUCACGUGCCAGUCGCGGUGCGGGCACACGCGGUCUUGCGGGCGCCACAAGUGCCGUAAGCGCUGCUGUGGCGGCCGCUGUGACGACUGCCCGGAGACAUGUGGGCGCAAACUCAACUGCGGGAACCACACGUGCAAGAGCCCCUGCCAUCCGGGUGCGUGCUAUCCUUGCACGGCGCGCAAAUCCGUCACGUGCGCGUGUGGGCGAACGGUGAUUCGCGUGCCGUGUGGCCGCGAACGGAAGACAGCCAAGCCGGCGUGCUCGCUGCAAUGCACACGCCGUCCGUAUUGUCGACACGAGCACCAGCAGCCGCACACGUGUCACUCGGGCCAGUGUCCGCCCUGCACGCAGACGUGCAGCCAGCCGCUCAAGUGUGGACACACCUGCCACGCACCGUGCCACGACAAGCAGCCAACCCUGGCGGAAGAGAAAGCGGCGAGGGACGCGCGACGGAAACAGCAGAAGAGGAACAAGAAACUCAAGAAGAAGCAGGCCAAGCAAGGCAGCAAGCCCGCAGGCGGGAACACGAACACGCUAGACGCACACGCGCCGCUGCUGCCGCCACAACCCACCCCUUGUCCUCCAUGCAAGGAGCCUGUGGCACGCGCAUGCGUGGGAAUGCACGAGAUUCGGGAGAUGCCAUGUUGCGAGAACAAGGCGUUUGCUUGCAAGCAACGGUGCGGGCGGAUGAUGGCGUGCGGGCAGCACCACUGUGAUCGCGGGUGCCACCUGCCCCUAUCAGCCGGGGCGACGUGGUGUGAAGUGGACGCAUCGCUUCGCCAGGCGUUUGGAUCCGAUGCCAGCGCACCUGCAGCCGCUGACGCUGCCGUCUACAGCACGCCGGAGCUUGGGCUUGGUCGCGCCACCACCGCCAGCGGCAAGGGCAAAGGCAGCAACAGCAGCAAUAGCAGCAACAGCAACAACACCAACAGCAACAACAGCAGCAGCAGCAGCAAUAGCAACACCACCAACAACAACAACAGCAACAGCAACAGUAAUAGCAGCAGCGACCCGGCGUUGCGUGGGGACGCGCCGAUGAUUGGUCGAGGUUGCGGCACGUGUCGCAAAGCAUGUCCGCGCACACGCCCCACAGACUGCACGCACACGUGCCCAAAGGGGCGCUGCCAUGCAGGCGCCUGCCCACCCUGCAUGGAGAGCAUCGAGCUGACGUGCCACUGCAACGCCACGCGCUUCCGUGUGGUGUGCAGCGAGUGGUGUGCAGCAACGCCUGCUGAGCGGGACCAGCAGCGGUCGUGCGGGGGGCGGUGCCCGAAGCGAAUGGGGUGUGGCCACCGGUGCGUGUCCACGUGUCAUUCCGGACCCUGCUCUCCAACGGAGGAGUGCACCAAGAACGUCAGGCUGCGGUGCAAAUGCAGGGGUCGCAAGAAGGAGCUACCCUGUCCCGAGUACCAGCGGCUGCGGGCACUGGGGCGGACCGAUGCGGAGAUUGCGCCAUGCACACCCACCACGUGCGAGAUGGACACUGAGAAGAGCAGUGCUGCUGCAGGUGUUGGUGGUGGUGGUGACCCGGCAGAGAAGCGUGACAAGCCGAAGAAGGAGGCAGCGCAUCAGCACAAGCAUGUAACGCGCCAGCAGAAGAAGGAAGACCGCGCACCACACACGGCCGCCAAUACAAGCAAGGGUUCAAGUUCUACAGCCGUGGCAUCGCCACCUGCUUCCUCUCACGUGGCUGGCGUGAUUGGUGGCGUGGCUGUUGCCCUCUUGGCGCUGGUGAUUGCUUACUUCUGGCUGGCGUGA